AUGCUCCUCUCUCUAGCAGGCGAGGGCAUAAUCAUUGCUGAGGCUCAUUAUGGAGCGAGACGCCACUUUGGCGACAUCCCUCCCGCGAUGUACUCGGAAGGCAUGAAGAUGAACGUGAUUUCGGGGCCGAUAUAUGUCGUCGCGGUAGCAACUGUGAAAGUAUCCGUCGGGCUUGCGUUGCUGAGAAUUGCGGGACACACUGCGUAUCCAUACCUCGUCAUGACUGUCAUGGCUAUCAUGGGAAGCUGGGCCUUCCUCAGUAAUUUUCCGAUACUAGGGUUACCUCCGACUGGCAGCUUCAUGAUGCAGACUAUAAUGUUCCAGUGCAGUAAUCCAGCCAUGCGAUGGGACAGCAGCGUCAAGGGCACCUGCUGGCCUCAGCAUGUCGUUCAGGGCCAGGGACAUACUGACGCGACUCUGAACAUUGCCACCGACGUCUUCUUCGCAGUGGUCAUCCCAGCCCCCCUGUUCUGGAACCUCAACGUCAACCGCCGGACGCGUGUAUGGCUCAUCGCCGUGCUUGGUCUGGGAGUCUUCGCAUGCGCCGCCUCGAUCAUCAAGAGGGUCUAUUUGUACAACCUCGGGAACUAUAGCGACUGGUUGUGGGAUUCACGCAAUAUAUCGAUCUGGCAUGUCGUCGAACUCAACACGGGGGUCGUUGCGGGAAGCCUCCCUGCCAUGCGACCUCUUUUCAGAGGGGUACUUGGGGGCAGCACCUGGGAUCGUCAGCAUCAUAACGUCUAUUUGAGGAGUAGUCAGCUGGGCACCACCGCUUCCUCAGGCAAAAGGAACACGUGA